AUGCAAUUCCUCUUGCCCCUCCUCCUCACCACAAGUACCGUCCUCUCCCUGCCAGUCAACGACCCCGCUCUAAGCCGCAGACAAUUCAACCCGAGCUCAAAUCUCGACACAUCCACAAACACUGGCACAAACACCGCUAUUAGCAUCCCCGACGGACCAGUCUACAAUGAUCACGACUUUUUUACAGACACAUAUACCGAGAACACCGACCCCAGUUCAAAUUCAGGAGAAGCGAUCGGCUAUACAGAAGCCGGCUCAGAUAUCAAUAUCGCUAUACCUGAUGGCCCGUCGCUAAAUCUGGGCGAUUAUUACGAGAAUACGUAUCAGGAAAGUUAUCAAGAGGACUACCACGAACCGGAGACAACACCAGUUCCUACUUCUCAGGUAAUUGAGGAACCUGGAGAGAUUCCGACGCCGUCGCUCCCUCUGCCGCCGCCUCCAACUUCGGUGCCCCCGAGUGUGGACCUCUAUACGCCUGUUCCCUUGCCCCCUGCUGAAACAGGGGAGAGUGAAAAUGAUACUCCUAUUCCGGAGACCGAAGACAAUACUGUGAUUGAGGGACCAGAAGAGCCCGUUGAGGAGGAGAUCGAAACGUGCCCUGCUCCAGAACCUGAACCUGCCCCCGAGGCUGAGACUGAGUUCGUGAACGAGCCUCAAAACCCGGUUGAGAAGGCAGUGGAGUCAAAGCCUCGGCCUGUGAUGGAGCCAAACGCUGGGAAGAGCUGUUCUUGUGCGUGA